AAUUUGACUAAGAAGAAAGGCUUUGAACUGCCUUUGAUCUCAACAAGAUCAGUAAGACUCUGAUUACCGCAGUCAAACGCGUACAGCUGAGUGACUAACAAACGCUUGUGUGUCUGCGGUAAUUAUUCAAAGGUGUUUAUGUGAGCGGAUCAAAGGCAGUGGUUAUUUGAGCUUAUCAGUAUGUCAAACGGUGGAGCCUCGACCAGUGGUGCAACUCCUGAUGAUUUUGACGAUCACGGGGACACAGUGACAGUGUUUCAACAUGAGGGCGAUGGAGAGAACACAGAGCACCUUCAGUCCAUGGACCUCCACGAUGUCAAGACCGCCCUUGAGAAAGAUGCCGAAUUGGACGAGCCUGGAUCAGCAGGCAAGGCGGCUACCUCCCCAACGUCAGCAGCUGGCAGUGCUAGUCUUCAGCAAACCACCAUUCGUCCCAUCAUACAACCAAUGCUCUAUGCGAAUGGUUUCAUGGUUCCACCCUUUGCUGCUGGAACCUCAAUCUUCUCUGCUGGAAUAAGACCCAUUAAGAUGGAGGGAUCCGAAUGGAAAGUUUCGCAAGCACCCACAGUAACUGGUAUACCGUAUAGAUACCCAACUGCUGGUUUCCUACCAGUUGACCAAUCAGGUUUUAGACCUGCCGCUGGCUACCCCUUUAUGAUUCCCGGGCAGUAUGCAGUGGCUACUCGUUAUCAACAGUUUACUACCUUCGGACAGCCAGCCCCUAAUGCAGCAGUACAACCCAACUCAGGCCUUGUACAACCACAGGUGAAAGAGAAGAAGCCGCACAUCAAAAAACCACUAAAUGCAUUCAUGAUCUUCAUGAAAACCAAGAGAGCGGAAGUUAUAAAGGAGUGCACGUUGAAAGAGUCUGCAGCCAUUAACCAGAUACUCGGCAAAAUGUGGCACGCGCUGGAUCGCAGUGAACAAGCCACGUACUAUGAAAUGGCAAGAGAAGAGAGAGCGAGACAUAUGCAGAUGUACCCUGGCUGGUCAGCACGCGACAACUAUGCUGUUCACAAGAAGAGGAAAAAGAGAAAAGCCAAAUCUGAGAAGGGGAAUGACGAAGUUGAGGGUUCGACUGACAGCUGUGCCCUGGGUGAGAGUGAAGGAGAGAGGUGUCCUGAUAAACAUCCAGACAACUCCUCUAACUGGUGUGCACUUUGCAGACGUAAAAGAAAGUGUGUCAAACGAAAUAACGACGAUGAGCUAGAUAUCUCGGAUGUCACUAAAAAUGGAAAAGUUGCUUCUAUUUUGGGAACUGUUGGACAGGAUCGCAAUGAAGACAGUACAUAUGUCACUACAGAAUGCCGGGAGGAUGUCAUUGUGUUGUCAGAAACUAACCAAUCAGAAUGCAGUAUCAUCCAAGCUCCAAUCACAUUACAAACAAUCCCAACAUAAAACUACUGAGUGUAUACAUGUAUUUUGUUUCCAUGGCGAUUGCUGUAGUCUCAAUUCGAAUGGUUGUUUUCUGUGUCAUGAAAGCUCUCAGUCACUUGACAGGAUAUUUUCAUACCUCACACACAUGCAUGCAUGCUUUCCAAAUCUUCAAUUUAUUUUCAGCCACAUCAAAAA